CUGGGGGGAGUGAUGGGAAGUCAAGGGAACCCCUUGGGUCAGGGGAAGGGGUGGUUUGCGGUGGUCCAGUCCCCUGCUACCACACAGAAUCCUGCCAUAUAACCCGGUGUAUAAAUGUAUCCAGCUCCACCUUACACCUAGCUCGGCUGUUUGCCCCCACUAGUCCCAUCGGGAGGCUGAUCCAGAACCUCCCUCCGCUGCCGGUUAGAAACCCUCUUGUGUUUUCUAGCCUGAAACUUCCAGCCCCCUUGUCGGAUCCAAAAUGGAAACGGCCUCGUGUAACCGGCCGCAGCGGGCUGGGCUGCCAAUGCCAAGCUCCUCUGCUCGUAUUGUGUCGCACGGCCCUUUGUUCCAUCGCUUUUGCUGGCUCGUCUGCUUCAAAGGGAUUCAGCCUGUCUCCAGCGCUCUGAACAGGUGCGAUGAUCCAAUGCUGUGCCCUGAUCACGCAACGUGCACCAAUACUCUCCAGGGCUACAACUGCACCUGCCGACCUGGGUUCAUAUCCACUUCGGGGGCCACGAAGUUCACCGAUCCAGCCGUCCGUUGCAACGCUGACAGGUGUACGGAUUCAUCUAUCUGUCCUGCUUAUGCAACCUGUGACAACGUCGCCGGGAGCUACCGCUGCACCUGCAAACGUGGGUUUGCAUCUAGCUCUGGGCAGCAGCACUUCACUGAUGCGACAGUGACGUGCAAUGAUAUUGAUGAAUGCUCCCGGGACCCAUCGCCCUGCGGCACCAGCUCCAUCUGCACCAACACACGGGGCAGUUACACCUGUAAGUGUCCCCCAGGCUACCUCCGUGGCAACCAGCCUGGCAUCCCGUUCAGCUGCACAGAUGUGGAUGAAUGUGCCCAAACCCCUGCAAUCUGCGGGCCCAAUGCCUCCUGCAUGAACACACCUGGGAGCUACACCUGCCAGUGCUCACCCGGGCACCAUCCAUCCACGCCAGGGCCUUGGGUACCCGGAACAACCCGCUGCACAGAUAUUGACGAAUGCUCCCGGGACCCAUCGCCCUGCGGCCCCAGCUCCAUCUGCACCAACACACUGGGCAGUUACACCUGCACGUGUCGCCCAGGCUACCUCCAACGCAGCCAGCCUGGCAUCCGGUUCAGCUGCACAGAUGUGGAUGAAUGUGCCGAAAACCCCGCAAUCUGCGGACCCAAUGCCUCCUGCAUGAACACACCUGGGAGCUACACCUGCCAGUGCUCACCCGGGCACCAUCCAUCCACGCCAGGGCCUUGGGUACCUGGAACAACCCGCUGCACAGAUAUUGACGAAUGCUCCUGGGACCCAUCGCCCUGCGGUCCCAGCUCCAUCUGCACCAACACACGGGGCAGUUACACCUGCACGUGUCACCCAGGCUACCUCCCCCACAGCCAGCCUGGCAUCCCGUUCAGCUGCACAGAUCUUGACGAAUGCUCCCGGGACCCAUCGCCCUGCGGCCCCAGCUCCAUCUGCACCAACACACGGGGCAGUUACAUCUGCACGUGUCCCCCAGGCUACCUCCCCCGCAGCCAGCCUGGCAUCCGGUUCAGCUGCACAGAUUUGAUUUUUUUUGUUCAUUUCCUCCUAGCGGUCGCUUCAAAUGAUCUGGUGAGGAAUUGCAAGAACCGAAGGGUGGACGCGGCUCACGGCUCAUCGCAAAAUGAUGAUGCCUUCUGCAAGUUAUUGACCUCCACCUUCAGCGUCUUGGGAGACCCCAACGAAAGGAAGAACUCCACCGUCUCUCUGGAGAAAGCCGCUGAGGGAUUUGCCUCCAUCCUGGAUCAGACGCCCUCCUGGUCCAACCUGAGCACGGAGCAGGUCUCCACCAUGGCCACCGUCUUCCUGGAGAACGUGGAGAAUGUCGUGCUGGACGUCUUCAAGAACCCCACUGGGAACGGGAGCCAGACCAUCCGGAUGGAACAACUGGAACUCCAGACCAAAGUCAUUGAGGACGGCUGCCCUGGAAAGGACUCAGUCGUCAGCCUGGAAGUCAAAGGGGAGACCAUGAAGAUUAGCUGCAGAACGAUCCAGGGAUCAGUGGCACAAGCCCGGGCUGGAGUGGCGUUUGCCUCCUACGUGGGCAUGGAGUCCCUCCUGAAUGGCAGCUUCUUCCAUGGCCAAAGGGCCACCUCUGUCUGGCCAGUUCGGAUAAAUUCCAGGGUGGUGAGUGCCUUCCUGACCAGCCAGACCAAGACCGAUUUCCCGGAUCCGGUCAACUACACCUUCCGGACCAUCAUGCCAACCAGCAGCCCCGACAAGCUCAUCUGCGUCUCGUGGGAGGCCACGGACCGGCGUGGCAGCUGGUCUCGGGCUGGGUGCGGGGUCGUGCGCAGCAACGCCACUCACACCACGUGCAGCUGCAAUCACGUCUCCAACCUGGCCGUCCUCAUGGCAUCGGGGGAGAUAACGGCAGGCUUCCCACUGUUCCUCAUCUCCCACGUCGGGCUGGCCCUGUCCCUGCUGUGCCUCUUCCUCGCCAUCCUCACCUUCCUCCUGUGCCGCUCCAUCCGCAACGUGAACACCUCCAUCCACCUGCAACUCUGCCUCUGCCUCUUCCUGGCCGACCUGCUCUUCCUCACCGCGGUGGACAGCCCCAGCCACCAGCUGGCCUGCGCCGUCAUUGCUGGCCUCCUGCACUACCUCUUCCUGGCCUGCUUCGCCUGGAUGUUCCUGGAGGCCGUGGUGCUCUUCCUCACCGUCCGCAACCUCGGGGUCGUCAACUACUUCAGCACCCACAGCCCCAAGAUGCGGCACCUGAGCCUCUUCGGCUACGGCUUCCCCGCCCUGGUGGUGGCCGUCUCGGCGGCGGUUAUGCCGGAGGGAUACGGCAGGCGGGAAAACUGCUGGCUCAGCAUGGAGAAGGGGUUCAUCUGGAGUUUCCUAGGGCCAGUGUGUGUCAUCAUCGGGAUUAAUUCCGUCCUUUUUGCCUUAACGCUCUGGAUGCUGCAGAGAAAGCUUUCCAGCCUCAACACUGAAGUGUCCACCCUUAAGGAGACCAGGCUACUGACCUUUAAAGCCAUUGCCCAAGUCUUCAUUCUGGGCUGCACGUGGAUUUUCGGUCUCCUCCAAAUCGGCCCAGCCGCCACAGUCAUGGCGUAUUUAUUCACCGUCGUCAACAGCCUGCAGGGAGCCUUCAUCUUCCUGGUGCACUGUCUCCUCAAUCGCCAGGUGCGGGAGGAGUACAAGAGACGGUUCACCUGCAAAGCCAAGUCCUACGUUUCCGAUGUCUCCAUGUCUACUUUAGCCACCAGCAGCAAAGCGGGCUGAUGUUCUGGCCGGGAGGCAGGAGACGCCAUCGCGCCACAGGAGAAGGAAAAGCUUAUUGCAGAACUUGAAUCUGCCGUCUUUAAAGUGCUUGCAGGAUCAGAACUUCGAAACCAACCUGCCAGCUGGAGUGUGAUCCCGGGAUUAAAUCAGCGGGCUGGGAAGGGGAGAGGGGUGUGAGGAUUAGAGCUGGGGGUGCUGGCAGUCAGGACUCCUGGGUUCUUCUAUCCCUGGCUGUGGGGUCUAGUGGUUAGAACAAGUUAGACUCCCUAGGCAUGGGCCAGUAGCACCUGUAGUUUAAUCUAGCUAUAGCUUAAUCCACUGCUGCUUUUCGGAGAUUCCCUUUCUCCUUAUUUAUCAUCCCCCCCACCCCAAUCCUUCAGUCCCCUGAAAUCUGAGCAGGUUUUGCAUGUCUGCGGCAUUUCAAUACUGUAAAAUGAGUUUGAUUUUGAA